AUGCCCUUCCUCCGCCCAAAAUUGUUGGCUUCACUGGUGGAAUCCGCCGUUUCAACUCGGUCCAUUCUUCUAGGUCGCGCCGCCCAUGCCCAGAUCAUUAAGACUCUGGGUCUAGGCCUUGAUGCUUUCCUCUCCAAUCACCUUAUAAACAUGUAUUCCAAGCUCGACCGCCCCAUCUUGGCCCAGCUUGUCCUCUCCCGUACGCCGGCCCACGUUCGCUCUGUCGUCACCUGGACCUCCCUCAUCUCCGGUCAUGUUCAGAACGGUCAUUUUGACGCUGCCCUCUACCAGUUCUUGAAAAUGCGCUCGGACUCUAUCCAUCCCAAUGACUUCACCCUGCCUUGCCUUUUUAAGGCCUCGGCUGCAAUUUGCUCUCCUCUCCUCGGCCAGCAGUUCCACUCGCUUGCUUUAAUACUGGGCCUGAUCAAUGAUGAGUUUGUUGCGUGCAGUGCUUUCGAUAUGUAUUCCAAAACGGGCAACUUGACACAUGCGAGCAAGCUGUUUGACGAGAUGCCGUACCGAAAUAUUGCUACCUGGAAUGCGUGCAUUUCGAACGCGGUGCUUAAUGGAAGGCCUCUCGAGGCCAUUUAUAUGUUUAUAGAACUCUUACAAGGUAAUCAAGAGGCUCCGAAUUCGAUUACGUUUUGUGCAUUUUUAAACGCAUGCUCAGAUGGUAAAUUGCUGGUGCAAGGGCAGCAGUUACAUGGCUACGUAAUUAAAGGAGGGUACGAGGCUGACAUUUCGGUCUUGAAUGGGUUGAUUGAUUUUUAUGGCAAAUCUCGGGAGAUUAUUGGUGAACAAGUGGCUUCUUCUGUCGCGAUCUAUACUUCUCGAUGGGAGCUUUUUCUACCAAAAGCCGUGCUCACUGAAACUUUAAGGUUGAUGGCAUACUCUAAGGGGCUAAAAGGAAAUCUAUCUUGUUUAAAGAAGCAUCUUCUUUUCGUUUUUGCUCUGGAAAUGCUAGCCCAGGAGAUUUUUACAUCAAAUGUCUUUAAAUACUCCUACAUGCUCUUUCAACUUUUCUCCAAGCUGAGGAGUGAAGAAAAGGAGUACAAUAUCAGAAAGGAGAAAGGCAUUGUUGGAAGCAAAGUUUUGAUAGAAAGGAACUCCAGAAUGUUUGAAGAAAAAGUACAACUGCUGGCAAUUUAUGGGAGAGCAAGGUUUUGGCUUCUUUACAAGCUUCUUCAAUAUGGCUAUUGA